ACAAGAGAGUUUGGAGUGCCGGGAUUUGGGUAGUUCUAAGGAGAUGGUCAGUUGAGUGACUCCUGCUUACUCUCUCAAACAAUACAAGAACAAGGAGACACUAAUGAAAUUAAAAGGCAACAAAGGUUGAAACUGAUGAAACACUUUGCAUGCACCUAUUGCCACAAGGCAUUGUUAGAAACACAAAUCACCCUGCCAGCAGUGAUUCUGUUCCAUUACCAGAGGAUCCCAGAGGUUGGUCAAAUUAAAAAAGGCACUAGCUAUUUACAUGACUAAUACGAAUUCCAUUCUCAUAUAUACUAGCUAUGAUGAAAACAUAUAUGAGAUAAAACCAUAUGCUUCAGGGCACAAGCCAACCACUGACUGCUUGGGGCUAGGAGAAAACUUUCCCAAUUAGCAGGUUAUUGUAUGAUUGUCCAUGACGCAUCAGUUACAGGAUACAGUCAAAGGCUAGGUACUGAAAUAGAUGGGCCAUUGGUAUUCUCAGAUAUGUCUAAUCCUAUCUUCCUAACUGCCUAAUGAGUAGUCAGGUUGCAUCUUGGGCUUGUCUACAAGAGAAAGCUACACUGGUUCAAGGGGUACAUUUAAACCAAUAUAGUUAAACCAAUGCAAAAAGCUGUGUGGACACUGAUUCUGGUUUAAAGUGGCUUAUCUCACAGGAAUUGCCAGACUGGAUCAGACCCAAGGGUGAGGUCCCUCUAGUCCUGUACCAUAUCUGUAACCGUGGCCAUCACUAGAUGCCUCAGACGAAGGUCCAAGAACUCUGCACUAGACACCAUAUCACAGCAAGCAUGGACCCCGCUGAGCUCAAGAAGGCAAUCAUAGACGUUUUAAAGACCUCGUGCAUUCUUGUGCAGUCUAUGCUGAACCGGGACCUGCAAAGCCAGGUGAGGAGACAGCAGCUACGGCAGAGUGGCGAAGAGAGUGAUGAGGACAUGGACACAGAAUUCUCUCAAACUGCAGGCCCCGGCGCGUUGGAGAUCCUGCUGGUAAUGGGGCAGGUUCUAGCCACUGAACGCCGAUUUUGGGCCUGGGAAACAAGCACAGACUGGUGGGACUGCAUAGUGUUGCAGGUGUGGAAUGCGAAAGUGGCUGCGAAACUUUCACAUGCGUAAGGGCACUUUCAUGGAACUUUGUGACUUGCUUUCCCCUGCCCUGAAACGCCAGAAUACCAAGAUGAGAGCAGCCCUCACAGUUGAGAAGUGAGACACAAUAGCCUUGUGGAAGCUUGCAAUGCCAGACAGUUACCGGUCAGUCAGGAAUCAAUUUGGAGUGGGAAAAUCUACUGUGGGGGCUGCUGUGAUGCAAGUAGCCAAAGCAAUCAUUAAGCUGCUGCUACGAAAGGUUGUGACUCUGGGAAAUGUGCAGGUCAUAGUCGAUGGCUUUGCUGCAAAGAGACUUCCUAACUGUGGUGAGGCGAUAGGUGGAACUCAUAUCCCUUUCUUGGCACCGGAGCACCAGGGCACCCAGUACAUAAACCGCAAGGGGUACUUUUCAAUGGUGCUGCAAGCACUGGUGGAUCACAAGGGACGUUUCACCAACAUCCACGUGGGAUGGCCAGAAAGGGUUCAUGACGCUCACGUCUUCAGGAACACUACUCUGUUUAAACGACUGCAGCAAGGGAAUUACUUCCCAGACCAGAAAAUAACAGUUGGGGAUGAUGAAAUGCCUGUAGUUAUCCUGGGGGACCCAGCCUACCCCUUGAUGCCAUGGCUCAUGAAGCCAUACACAGGCAGCCUGGACAGUAGUCAAGAGCUGUUCAACUACAGGCUGAGCAAGUGCAGAAUGGUGAUAGAAUGUGCAUUUGGCCGUUUAAAAGCGCGCUGGCGCACAUUACUGACUCGCUCAGACCUCAGCCAAACCAAUGUCCCCUUUGUUAUUGCUGCUUGCUGUGUGCUCCACAAUCGCUGAGAGAGUAAAGGGGAGACCUGUAUGGCGGGGUGGGAGGCUGAGGCAAAUCACUUGGCUCCUGAUUAUGCACAGCCAGACACCAGGGCGAUUAGAAGAGCAGACCAGGAAGGGGUGCGCAUUAGAGCAGCUUUGAAAACCAGUUUCAUCAUUGGCCAGGAUACAGUGUGACUGUUGUGUUUGUUUCUCCUUGAUGAAACACACCACCCCUUGACUGACUCAUUCCCUGUAAGCUACCCCCCCACACUUUGAACACAGCUUUCUUUCUAAGGAAAUAAAGUCAUUCUCAUUUAAAAAUCAUGUAUUCUUUAUUAAUUCAUUAUAAAAAGAGGGAGAGAACUGACAAGGUAGCCCGGAUGGGGUUUGGGAGGAGGAUAGGAGGGAAGGAAAAGGCCACUAAAAAAAUUUCAUAAUAAUGACAGCCUUUUGGUUGGGCUGGCCACUGGUGUGGAGUG